UGUAGAGCUGUACGAUCACACGUGUUGACUACCCAAGAAGAGAAAAAACUAAAUAAUUCAGAAGAAAAUUCGCCAAUUGUCUCUAUAAACUCGAAUCGAUUAAUUUCCUGAAGACAAUUCGCUGAAAUUCAUGUGAAAAACUUCAAAGAUGCCCAAAGGAAAGACCAAAAAAUUCAUCGACAAGAAGAACUCGGUGACAUUCCACCUGGUGCACCGUUCCCAGCAAGACCCCCUAGCAGCCGACGAGACAGCCCCCCAGCGAGUUCUCGUCCCAGUGGACGCCCCUCAGUCCUCAAAGCCCGACAAGAAAUCCGGAGACCCUCAAAAACGAAAAGAGGAGCAGCAGAAGUAUGGCAUCUUCUUCGACGACGAUUACGACUACCUCCAGCACCUGAAGGACGUCAGCAAACUCCCAGUGGAGUGGUCCAUGGUGGAGAAUCCCAACGACAAGAAGAAUGCCGAUAAAAAGAUCAAUCUCCCCUCCUCGGUCUUCGCCUCCGAUGUCGAGGAGAAAGUUGGACUUCUCAACAAGGCAGCCCCCAUAUCUGGACCGAGAAUCGACCUCGAUCCCGACAUUGUGGCAGCCAUGGACGACGAUUUCGAUUACGAUGACCCCGAGAAUCAGCUCGAGGAUGACUUCUUCGCCCUGGCUAAUGGGGGUGAGGACGAGGGGGAGUUCGACGAGGCUGAGGAGGACGAGUAUGACUCUGCUGAUGAGUCUGAUGUGUCGUCAGGGCACAUGGCAGUCUCCGAUGAGGAGAGGGACGAAGUUGGGAGUCUCAAUGGCCCUCAGUUCUCAUUCAAGGACGAGGAGACUAAAUCGAGGUUCACAGAGUACUCCAUGUCCAGCUCUGUCAUGAAGAGAAAUGAACAGCUCACUCUGCUCGAUGACAAAUUCGAGAGAAUGUUUGCUGCUUAUGAUGAGGUGGAGAUUGGGGCAUUAGAUUGCGAGGAAAUCGAAGGCUACGUGGCUCCUGAUUCAGCCAUUGUGAUACAGUGUGCUGAGGAGUUUGAGAAACAGCAGAGGGAGGCCACCGAGAACGUCACCAAGCUCAUGAAGGAUCGGUUGAAGAUCCUGGAGUACAACGAGUCCAGCUCUGAGGGGGAGGAGGGCCUGGAGAGACUCGCGGUGGAGCCCAGGGAGAAGGAGAAGUGGGAUUGCGAGAGUGUGCUGAGCACUUACAGUAAUAUCUAUAAUCACCCGAAGUUGAUUGUUGAACCAAAGGGCCUCGGUAAAAUAAAAUUGCACAGUAAAACAGGAAUCCCCAAAGAUGUUCUGGACCAAAAAUCUGGGAAACUGACAGCGAAGAGUCUAGCCCUGUUGGACCGAGAGUACGACCUAGCCCAUGGAAAACCCGUGGGUCCAGUGUCCAUUGCUGAGACCAUGAAGUCCACCCUGAGCAUUCUGAGCACCAGACCCAAGGAUGAGACCCCAGAGGGCAGGAGAGACCGUAAAAGAGCGAUAAAGGAAUACAGAAAGGAACGAAGACUAGAACGCAAAGCGAAUACUGAGGCUUUUAAGGAGGAGAAGAAGAGGCAGGAGAAGAUCAUGCUCAAUAAUCAACAGAAUGUCCAAGGAAAUCGUAUCUUAUAAGAGGAAUAAUUUAGGAUUAAUUUAUCAUUUUAAAACUAUUUGGAGUUUUUGAUUAAAUACAAAUUUUAUGAAUAAAAAAUGUGAGAAAAUGGUAAUAGGCUUCAACAUUUUCCCUGAAUCGAUGCCUAAUGUUUAAUUACGUACAUGGGUACAAAUAAUCAUGAAAAAAUUAAUGAUAUUGUUUGUUUAAAGCCCAGAAUAUCAGAAAAUUUUGUCAAUAGUUUCCAAGUGAUUUUAAAUCAUUAA